GCGAAAACACCGCACAACGAGGAAAUUGGCAAAUCCUCUGUUGUUUCCUUGCUGCACCAACCACUUUCUUCACCAAUUUUACAAAGGGAAUACCCCUCCCUAUCGUCCCGUUAUUUUCGCUUCCAACAUCAUAUCGUACCAGAGCAAGUAAAACACACGAGGUGGCUCGUAACAGAGUCGUUCACUCCUUCUGGAGACGCUUCGAAGCUAUCGCACCACUCUAACAAUCGCAAGAGUCGCAACCAGAACAAGCAACUCUUUUGGAAUCAUCGCUCAUUGAAACGGUGA